AGUGCUGCAGUGUUCCAGCAUAUUAUAGUCACUCAUAUGGAAAUGGACAUUCAGAAUGAACCUCUUCAGUACCAGAACACAGAAAAAGUGGACAAAACCUCUCAGUCAUGUGGAGAGAGUCAACACAGAGGAGUGUUCAGGCUGGCUGUACUAUGUCUCGGUGUGAUGUGUAUCCUUCAGGCAGCUCUCAAUAUUGCUCUGAGACUGUACUUGGCUGACCUGGAACAGACCAUCUGUAACAACCAAACUAAAGAGAGUUACACCAGCCUGACGACAGAAAGAGAUCAGUUACAGAAAGAGAGAGACAAACUCCAGAGGAAGCUUUCUGAACUGGAGAAGACAAAGCAGCAAGACUGGACAUUUUUCAACACCAGUAUGUACUUCAUCUCUAUUGGAGGGAAGAUCUGGAGUAAGAGCAGACAGGACUGCAGAGAGAGAGGAGCAGACCUGGUGACCAUAAACAGCAGAGAAGAACAGGACUUUAUUGAAAAGUUGAGACAAGGUCAGACAGCUUGGAUUGGUCUGACUGACAGUGAGAAAGAAGGGACCUGGAAAUGGGUGGACGGCUCAGCGCUGACCACUAAGUUCUGGGGACAUGAUGAACCCAACAGUGCAGCAGGAGAUGAGGACUGUGUUGUAACUGGUUACAAGCCUAAUCCUGUAAAUAACUGGGCUGAUUUUCCCUGUAAUGACUGGUUUGUAUGGAUUUGUGAGAAAAGAUAUUUUUAACUGACAGAGUUUUAGAAUGAAUAUCAGUGAAUAUCAGGAAUAUCAGCAGUUUGUUUGGAUCUGUAAGGGAACAUUUAGCUAAAUGGUCACCAGCCUGUGAGUGAAUAACAGCAUAUUUGUAUUGAAUUCAUAACUGUCACUCUUUUAAUUACAUUUGACCUUUUUGCUUAUACAUUUUUUAAGGGAGAAGAGAAACAGGGUGGGGGAGUCAGAGAUUAAAAGUGCUGCAAACUCCAAGAAUCAGAUCUAAAAAAAAAUAAAUAAAUUGUAUAAUGGUGUUAGUUUACAGAUGAUGACAUGUUUAUAACACGAUCCCUAAAAUCAUUAAAACAUCAAGCUUUAAUGUCUCUCACAGUUCAGUCUGUCCUGGACUUUAGAGUAGAGUCAUACUGAAACCAUUAUCCUCUAAAUGAAGGGGGGUUCCUUGCUAGAAAAACCAGCGUAGACCACCAGGGCCGCUCACCAGCAAAACCAGCAUGACACACUGAGUACACUGAUACAGACACCACAGAACUGUGUAAUAGUGUCUGUCAGUAAGAGA